CAGUGAGGAGCUUUUCCCUGCUCGUUCCCAUCGGGCACGCUCUCCCAGGCCGGGUCCCCCGGCUAAUUGCUCAGGAAAUCCGCGCUGCUCAUUGUCGGGCUGUCCUUAAGCUGCUAAUUCCGAGCUGGGAGAGGCUCUGGAAGGGAAUCCAUGGAUAGAGCCCCGCGAGAGGGACCCAGCGGAGAGCCGGGGCGGGGCGGGCUCCGGCGCUAAUAACACAUCCCUGCCCAAUGGAAAGCGUUUCCUAUGGAGACCCCCAGGAGUUCCCCCUGCCCACAGCCCCUGCCCAGACAUUGGGCCCAUUCUUGCGUCCCGUUUUGCCCAGACACGGUGGCAGCGGCGCUGGGCAGCCCCGAUCCCGCUCGGAACAAAGGCCGGGCAGCAGCGCGGAGUUUGGCGAUGAGCGGCUGAACUCGCACAAAGUGGGAUUUCCGCGGGGGAAUAACGCGGCCCGUGGGCCAGGGACACAAAGGACUGUCAGGGAGGGAUCCCGAGGAAGCCCCGAGCCGUGGGAAUGGUGGCGGUGCCGGAUGAAAGGAUCCAUGAGGGAGAUGCGCUAGGAAGGAGUCCAGCCACCUCCCUGGAAUGUGUUCCUUCGGGAAGGGACGAGCUCCCUGCCUUAUUUUAUGGAUGUCACUGAAGUAGACUUUGAAGGCCUUUGGAAGCCCAUCCCAGACUUGGCAUGGGAAACCACAGCAACAACCAUACCUGCCUGACAGAUGAUUCCUUCAAGUACAACCUGUACGGAGCCGUGUACAGCGUGGUCUUCAUCCUUGGCUUGAUCACAAACUGCGCCUCCCUCUUCGUUUUCCUCUUCCGGAUGAAGAUGCGGAGCGAGACGGCCAUUUUCAUGACCAACCUGGCGGUUUCAGACUUGCUUUUUGUCUUCACUUUGCCCUUCAAGAUUUUUUACAACUUCAACAGGCACUGGCCCUUCGGGGACAGCCUGUGCAAGAUCUCGGGCACGGCGUUCCUCACCAACAUCUACGGGAGCAUGUUGUUCCUCACCUGCAUCAGCGUGGAUCGCUUCCUGGCCAUCGUGUAUCCCUUCCGCUCCCGCACCAUCCGCACCAGGAGGAAUUCCGCCAUCGUCUGCGCCGGCGUUUGGAUCCUGGUCCUCAGCGGCGGAAUUUCGGCCUCGCUGUUCUCCACGACCAACGUGUCCAACACCAGCACCACCUGUUUCGAAGGGUUCUCCAAAAGGAUCUGGAAAACCUACCUGUCCAAGAUCACCAUAUUUAUUGAGGUGGUGGGAUUCAUCAUCCCUCUGCUGCUCAACCUCACGUGCUCCUCGCUGGUUCUCCGGACUUUACGGAAGCCGGCCACCCUGUCCCAGAUUGGGACGAACAAGGAGAAAGUGCUGAAGAUGAUCAUUGUGCACGUGGCCAUUUUCGUCGUGUGCUUUGUCCCCUACAACUCCAUCCUGUUCCUGUACGCGCUCGUGCGCUCCCAGGCCAUCGCCAACUGCUCCCUGGAGAGGUUUGCCAGGACCAUGUAUCCCAUCACGUUGUGUAUCGCCACCCUCAACUGCUGCUUUGACCCCUUCAUCUACUACUUCACCUCCGAGUCCUUCCAGAAGUCCUUCAACAUCAAAACCCAGAUCAAAAUGGAUUCUCUCUUCAAGACAGAGAUGCCGCUCACAAAGACGGCGCUGCCGGCGCCGCAGGAUGAGAUCAGUGACCAGGCCAUCACCAACGGGGGAGAUCCCACAUCUGAAUCCCAUUUCUAGGGAGAUGUUUACACAGGGAGUUACCCCCCAUUAACUCCUGAUUAACAGCACGUGGCAAAGAGCAGCUCCAGAAAACGGGGGCUCACACGUGGGGUUAAUGAAGAAAAGCUGCUGGGGGACGACGGAUCCUCGCACUGGGAUGGUCCCACCACGUUCCACAGGUGAACACAAAGCAUGAAAAUCCCAAUGGAUCUCCCUUUGGAGAUUAUGGAUAGGCUACAACACAUGCAUCAACUCAGGAGGGAACAGAACAGCUUCUUUAACCAGAAGAUGCCAACAUUUGGCAUUUUUUCCCCUCAGCAGUUGACAUGGGACCAGUUGGGAAAUAGAAAAUUUCAUUUUUUUAGAGAUUACUGCCAAUAUUUCUGCCUUCUGCAGGUGCAUCCUCAUCGUCAUAUGUUAACUCAGUAACUUCCCACAAUAUGUAUGUUUGCUUACAAAGGCAUAAUAAAAGCUUGUGGCUUUUCCUUACUCCA